UUUUCCAGGCUUAGUUGGGUUCGAUGCGUCUUAAAAGAAAUACGUCCACGGUUAAUAGAGAAAUUCGAGUCGGACUUAACGGACGCGUUUAAAAUCGGCCAAGACUCAAAAUCUAUAAAACGUUACGGUGCAAAUAUUGGUGGUGAUAUUGGUCUUAAAACCAAAAAGGAGAACAUUGUGAAAGAAAAAAAAUUAAAAAAAAAGAAAAACUAAAAAUUGGUGGAAAAAAAAUAAAAUAUGAAAGGCAACAAGUGUUUCAAAACCAAACUAGUGUUACUGGGCAUCUCGGGAGUUCUCUUCCUUAGCCUUACCAUUCUCUCCCUCUGCGUCGACUAUCAGUAUGAAUUGCUCAAGGAACACAUACGGUUUCGUAAAGGUUUCGUCUCCCAAUUAAAUUGGGUCGAUUCACCGUAUGGCCGUCUAAAGAUGUAUCUCUUCAAUGUGACAAAUGCCGAAGCCUUUUUGGCUGGCAACGACAGCCGCAUCCAUGUCCAAGAAGUCGGGCCGAUUGUCUACAGCAUCAUUGGUCACAAUGAGAUACUCAAUCAGACCGAAGAUACGAUAACGUAUCUCAAGAAACGCUAUGAACACGUCGAAUUCAUGCCCGACGAAAGUUGUGCCCCCGAUAUUCUGAAUCAAACCAUAGUGCUGCCCAACAUGGUGUUGUUGGGCGCAGCAGCCAAACUGCAUGAUUGGGUCUUUUUGGUGCGACAUGCCUUCAAUGCCAUUACCAUAAAUGAAUCGGUCUUUUUGACAAAGAGUGUCUACUAUUUCCUGUGGGACUUUACGGUGCCGGCACUGAGUCUAAUGUCUCAAUAUCUUCCAAAUAUUGUGUCGAAUUGCGGGUUGCUGUACAAUGCCAUGCGCCAAAAAACGGAAAUCUACAAGGUACGCAUUGGCACCAAAAACGGUUUUGAGAAUUUCUUCCGUGUCGAAGAGUUAAAUGGCAAAACCUAUUUCAACGAGAGGCGGGCCAAUUUCCUACAUCCCGAUCCCAAGGAGGACUGCCCAAUUACUGUGGAGAAUGCCUUCGACAAUUCCCUGUUUCCGCCAAUGCUGCAAAAGGAUGCCGAUAUUAAUAUUGUGGCCGUCGAAACUUGUCGUACCAUGAAAAUGUAUUACGAUGGACCGGCCGAACAUAUGGGCCUCAAGGGUUAUCGGUAUCUGCUCGGCGAUCGCAAUGAACGACCCAGUUGUAUGGACAAUUCGAUGGGCAUAAAGUUGCACAAGGGGAUGUAUGAUGUGGCCAAGUGUUUGAUAAAUGAUGUACCCUCUGCCUUCUCUUUGCCCCAUUUCUAUGGCUCCUCCUACAAUUAUUCAGAACAUUAUGUGGGCUUUGCCCCCGAUCCGGAAAAACAUCAGCCCAGCAUUACCGUGGAGCCCCUUACCGGUAUACCAAUCGAUGAAAGCUACCGCUUCCAAUCGAAUAUACCAAUGCCCGACAUGAAAGGCUAUAGCCAGGAUCUGCAAAAACUAAGCAAUAUGGUCAUACCCAAUUUUUGGUAUGAAUUUAAUCUGGAUGAAUACCCUGCCCGCAUUUCAAUUCCCCUCAACCUGAACAUUAAAUAUGCCCCCAUACUCCAGCCCAUCUUCAUAGCCCUAUUCCUAUUUAUAUCCCUAAUUAGUUUCCUUAAAUUAUAUCUGCUAAUCAAACAGCAGACCUUCAAGGAGUUCUUCUGUAAAUACUAUAGUCUGAUUAGAGAAUUGAGACAGAAAAAAUUAAGUCCAACCCCCUAACCUUCCCCCCUAAUUUGUAAGCGUUUUUCCGUGAUAAGUUAGCCAUAGAAUUGUAUAUGUUAAAAAAAUUUAAUUUUUAUUUAAUUAAAAAAAUUAUAUAUAUAUAAAUUUUUUAAAAUAAUAAAAUACCAUAUAAAUAUAUUUGUAUA